AUGAGGGGGCAGGCAGAGUACUCUGAGGCUGACAGUGGAACGCACCAAGCUAAAAAUAAUCCUAAAUUAGCAAGUGGUCAAUGGGUUGACAAGGAGAUCAAAGGACAUCCACCAAGCCCAAGGUACGGACAUGCGCUGGCAGUGGCUGGAAACAUAGCAUUCUUGUUUGGAGGUGUUUCUACUUUGAUCUCCCCUGAUGGUCAACCAAAAUACCACAAUGAUUUUUAUAUCUUGACAGUGUCUCCUUCUGAUGUGAGCUGGGAAUUGAUGCCCCAAAAUGGACAGAUCCCGCCAGCAAGAGAAGGGCAUUCACUUUGUUUGAUAAAGAGCAAACUGUACCUAUUUGGAGGGUCUUCCUUCUUGCAAGCUGAAGAAUGCCUUCCUGGAGUGUACUGCUUUGACAUUGGAACAUUAACAUGGGAAAAGUUAAAGACCAGUGGAAGGGCCCUGCAGAGUUUGAAGCACAGCUCAAAUGUUGUUGGGGAAAACAUCUAUGUCUUUGGAGGUAUAUUGAAAGGCAAUGCUUGUGAUGACCUCCUUGUGUUUAACACAGUGGCAUUGACAUGGACUCCAGUCAAAACCACUGGCUCUGUUCCAUCUGCAAGGUUUAACCAUACAACUGCAUUAAUCGGUGAACAAAUCUACAUGUUUGGAGGCAGUUCAGCAGGAGAUUCCUAUCACAAGGAUAUUUACAUUCUUGAUACAGGGACUCUAGUCUGGCAGAAGUGUGAGGUUAAGGGAGAUUCGCCAAGUGGGUCUGUGAGUCAAACAUUUACUGCCCAUCAUGACAAGGAUAUCUACUUGUUUGGAGGUCGAUGUGAAAGCAAAAAUGGCACCACAACAAAUGAAAUACAAAAGCUAAGCAUUGCAAAGAUGAAAUGGAAAGUGCCGCUUUAUGUAGGGAUCCCUCCAGCUCGCAGGCAUGGUCAUGCAGCAUUUAUUCUCCAUAGUCACAUGUAUAUCUUUGGAGGUGCUAAUGAAGAACAGGAGUUUAAUGAUGUUAAAGUGAUGAAACUAAUAAAUCCUUCUGAAAGACAGCCAAUAAUGAAAGAAAUCCUGUCAGAAUUUGGAAUCCAAGGAGUCAGCAAUGGGUUUGCACCUACAAAGGUUCCUAAAGUCAAGUAUGAGCUAACAGAGUCUCCUUUUCCAGCAAGAAUUGACUCACCUCCUCCCAUCCAAGAAGCAGACCACAGAGAUUUCAAUACUGUUCGCAAUGAAGCUAUGGAAAUGGUUACCAGAGCUUUUGCUAUAGUGGACAAUGCGUUUCAGAAGCUGGAUAAUGAAAAGUCUGAGCUUUCUCAGGCGACAAUUGCUUUUCAGUAUGAAAAAGAAGCCUACAGCACCCAACAUCAAAAACAGCAGCAGGAACUGAAGGAAAUGCUAGAAAAACACAAGGCCCAGAAUGAGGCAUGGCUGAAAGCCAGAGCAGAGGAAAAUGACAGAGAAAGAAAGGAACUCUGUAAACUCAGGGAGGAAGUACUACAUGAACAAGAGAAACUGAAAGAAGAGCAAUUAAACAUUCAAAAACGCAGUGAACAGUUGCUUUCUAUAAUGCAGCAGUUUAAAGGCAUGUAAAGUUCAUUAAAGUAUAGACAGCUCAGGAUUCAGAGCCAAAGAAAUUAUAACGGUGAAGAUUGCUGAACAGUAGACAUUAGUUUGGGUUCAGUUAUACAGCAUAAAUUAGUGUGGCUCUCCAAAACAUGUAUUUCUGAGUUGAGUGACAAUAGCCAAAAUAUUGUAAUUGUGUUCCCUUUAAAGAGGUGCUUGAGCACUUUGAUAACUUGUUGUCUAAUUAGCCCUGAUUAUCACGGUUAAAAUGUUUUCUAACGUCUAAAUUGGUGAAAGUGUGAAAGAAAUACUGCUUUUGUAUACUAAAUUAGCGUAAUAUCAUUAAUGCCAGUUACACCACUAUCAGGGGAUUGCUUCCCAAAAGCUACUUUAACCUAACCAACCUUGUGAAAGCAUCCUAUAACAAACUUUGCAAAAUGCAUGUGUCUGGGGUAGUCGUGUGGUAUAAAAAAAAAAAAAAAAAAAACUUCUAUAUUUACCCCAUAUAUCAGCAAUUAGUUUCAAAUGGAUUAUAAGGCCUGUUUCCCCAUUACUUCUUAAUAAUGCCCAUGAGAAUCUCAGAACAAGUUGAAUUCUCACCUUACUUGAUAUAAUAAUACUGAAUUCACAAGUAGCCGUGUUAUCGGAAAACAGUCCCUCGGACUAGAUUAAUUACUGGCAAUGUAAGGAGUGCUGAAAUACACAGUAAACUGUGCAUUUUUUCAUGUAUUAGAAACACAUAAAGGUUGGUAUCCAUUCUGUUCUGAUGUGUGCAAUUUAUAAUUCAAGAUAUUUGCAUAUUUGUGUGAAGGCAGUUCUCUGUAACACUAAAUAAAGCAACACAAUAUUUAAACUAAUAUAACUAAUGAUUUCAUGUAUUAUAUGCA